CUCUGUCUCUCUUUCUCUCUCUCUCUGUCUCUCUCUCUGAUGGGGGAGGGAGGGUGGUGACAAGUUAGAAGCGCUUGCGGCAGGUCUCCGCCCCCAGGAUCGGGCUCCCCCUCCAAGGGGACGAUGGAAAGGUAGAAGCACCUAGCUCCGCAGCAUCCACACCCGGAGCGGUUGCGCCCGGGGACCAAGCCCACGGUUUCUCCAGUCAAGGACGGGCCCGCCACUCUCCAUGGUACUGCGGAGAGCUCAGCUCCGCCCUUCUCUUUCAGAAGGACAGCACCCGGCGUCACGUAACCCAGCCUUCUCGGGCUCCACCACCGCCUCUUCCUUCCCAGCUUUUCCCUCUCCAUCUCCACCUCCUCCUGCUCCCCUCCGUUGCAUGUUCUCCCCUCCCGCACUCCUGGAGAUAGACGCUCAAGCCUGACGCCUCUGAAAGGCAGCAGCAGUCGCCUUAUCCGUAGACCUCAGGAAAUUCGCUUUGACCGGUGCAUGCUUCAGGCUCUGGCUCGAGCUAAAGGGAAUAACCAGGCAGAUUUCUGGGUCCUUAUAAAAAGACAAAAUAAAAUCAAAAUGCAUCACCAUCACACAACAAAUUGAUAAGCUGGCAUCUUAGUGCGGCCUUGCAGGGGCGGAGAAAGAAGAGGAGCUGUUGUGAUUUCUACAUCUAACAGCUUCUGGGUGUUUCACAACUUCUGGGUUGAAUCCUAUUGCUUGGGAGGUUAAAAAGAGAAGUGAAAUCCAGCCUGUGAGGCCAUGCACAAGGAAUUUGGCUCUGGCUGCAGUGAUGCUGGAAGCCCAUGAUAUGACUGAAGAAGCAGGCCUUUGAAGCUAUUCUGAGGUUAAUAAGUGGUCCCCUAAAGAGGCAAAGAUCAUUUUUUCCGUGCUGGUUUGGAACCCUACACCUGGAGGGGAAACACAGGCAUCCGAGGAGAGUGCUUCAUUGGUGUGAGUCCCUGAAAAAAGUGUUUGCUUCUUACUGGCUCUAACUGCUCCCUCCCAUUUUGCCUGGUACCACACUGGCAGAUGACGGUAUUUGAGGAUUGAAGCAUCUGUUUUGACACCACAGACGCCCUUAAAGUAGAUCCUUGGAUGCAAAUGGAUUAGUGGUUUUCCUUGAAGUUCUGUUGAUACUUUUCAGAACGGUGCCUCCAAAGUGUAUCCUCCCUUUGGUCUGGAAGUUCUGUGGCUGCCCUGUACCACUGGGUUCUGGGUUUUCCAGUUGGAAAGGGACUAUAGAGAGAGAGGAAGGGGUUGUUGGAAGAGAAGAAGAAGAAAAAAAGAGCUAAAGGAGGGCGCGUCCCUCCCACUCUUGCCUAUCCCCUCACCUUCCUUUCUCUUUGGACCCCUAUUUCUUCAUCACGGUGUCCAGGACCAUUUUGACCCUGUCGGCCCCGGCACCCCCCCGCCGCACCCCAGCCCCGAGCAUGGGGACGGCGCUUCUCCAGCGCGGGGGUUGCUUUCUCCUGUGCCUGUCGCUGCUGCUCCUGGGCUGCUGGGCAGAGCUGGGCAGCGGGCUGGAGUUCCCGGGCGCUGAGGGCCAGUGGACGCGCUUCCCCAAGUGGAACGCCUGCUGCGAGAGCGAGAUGAGCUUCCAGCUCAAGACGCGCAGUGCGCGAGGCCUAGUGCUCUACUUCGACGACGAAGGCUUCUGUGACUUCCUGGAGCUCAUCCUGACUAGAGGUGGCCGCCUGCAGCUCAGCUUCUCCAUCUUCUGUGCCGAACCCGCCACUCUGCUGGCCGACACCCCAGUCAACGACGGUGCCUGGCACAAUGUGCGCAUCCGUCGCCAGUUCCGCAACACCACGCUCUUCAUCGACCAGGUGGAGGCCAAGUGGGUGGAAGUCAAGUCCAAGCGCAGGGACAUGACGGUGUUCAGCGGCCUCUUCGUUGGUGGCCUGCCCCCAGAACUGCGCGCCGCGGCGCUGAAGCUCACUCUGGCCUCUGUGAGGGAGCGGGAGCCCUUCAAAGGGUGGAUACGCGACGUGAGGGUCAACUCCUCCCAGGCCCUGCCGGUGGACAGCGGGGAGGUGAAGCUGGACGACGAGCCGCCCAACAGCGGCGGAGGGAGCCCGUGCGAGGCGGGCGAGGAGGGCGAGGGCGGGGUGUGCCUCAAUGGAGGCGUGUGCUCCGUGGUGGACGACCAGGCUGUGUGUGACUGCUCGCGAACCGGCUUCCGUGGCAAGGACUGCAGCCAAGGUAAGGCCCACGCCCGAUCCCCCUCCUUCUCCCCCGGGGAGCCUAGGCCUGGGCAGGGCGCGGGGAGGCAGGGCGAGGCAGCGGGACCCAACUGGUGCAUGGGGCCUUCCUUCUCUGGACAGUGUGUGGCAGUGCGCAUUGAGGGGAAGGCCUGCUUCUGGCAGCCACUCUGCCUUACCAACUCCCACAGCUCUUCCCUUUGCAUCCUCUUAGUGGUUGAGCACCCCCAGUUUGGGGGGUUCACUUUGCCCCUGGAAGCCCUUUCUUCCAACCCCGCUUCCUUCCAAGUCACUUCUUAG